ACCUUCGCAAUCGCACGCACCUCUCCGCCACCGCUUCCGUCUCGAGCGCCGGUAAACUCCACGCUCCCCAUCUGCCAAUCGCCACCCAUUUCCUCGAAACCCUAGCCGGCCCUCUCUCCCGCGCGUCGCUCCGCCUUCCGCUCCUCCCCGUAGGCGCGCCCUCGUCGCUCCUCCACGGUCCCGGCGGAAGCAACCCUCUGCGCGGGGUGGCGGCGAUGGCCUCCUCGGCGUCGUCAUCCAGGAGCCAGGUCACCAUCACCCUCGGCCGCAGCGGUCAGGUUGUCAAAAGGCGAGCUGUAUCUGACAUUGAUAAUGAUGAUGGCUUGCACUUAGGAAGAAAGCGAUCUGUGAGAGACCGGUUAGGAAAUACUAUGGUUGGUUCUGAAUCCUAUGAUGGCCAGCAGCGCAACAAAAGACGACAGACAGAAACCAAUGGUUUUCAGCAUGGAGAUAAUCGUACAGAUUACCAGGUCAGUAGGGAUGAUUUGAGAUUGAAGCUUAUGAAGAAAGGCUUGUCAAGCAAUGGUGGUGUGGAACAGGAUGGAGUGGAUCUCCGUGAAAAGCUUUCCAGGAAACCUAAGCUUUCACAGAGGUAUGAUGCAAGAGGGUGUGGUCCAGAAUCAAGGUCUAGAUAUGAUGGAAGAGAUAAGAUUCCAGAUUUAAGGUCUAGAUAUGGCUUGAGAGAGAGGUUGCCUGAGCCGAGGACAUCUACUCUUCCAAACCGAAUUCCUUCUGCAAGAAGUAUGGAUGAUUUGUUAAACUUUGGCUCUUCAAGAGAAGCUUAUUCGUCAUGGUCAGCUGGUGAAUCGAGGCACAGGUCCCCUGAAAGGCUUCCAAGUGCCCGUAGAGAUAUGUCUCCCUCAAGAACUUAUGAUCAUAUUCAUUCCAUGCCACUCACUAGAUCUGCCAGUAACUCAAGGACUUCAGGUCUUAUCACUGGAGAUGUUCCUGAUGCAUUAAGAACUCAACCUUAUGCUGGUAGAUCAUCCAUUUCUAUUGAUACUGCUCAGCCAACAAAUAGAGUUACUUCAUCUGCCACAGUUCUGCCUCCUACAGCCCCUGUAAUGCAAGAAGUACCGCUCACAGUUACUGAGCUGCUGAAUUCACUGGGACUUGAGAAGUAUGUCUUCCUCUUCCAGGCUGAAGAGGUGGAUAUGGCUGCAUUGACUCAGAUGGGAGACAGUGACCUUAAGGAAAUAGGGGUGCCAAUGGGUCCUAGAAAGAAGAUACUCCUUGCAGUGUCACCGUAUCCAAAACAACAACGUAGAUGAACUGCAUGCUCAGGAACUUGGAAUGUUUGUGGGCAGUGGCAAUUUAUUGGUGUAAACUGCUUAAUUACAGAUCUUGUAUAUCCCGGUGGUGUAGUCUAGUCAAUCUGUUUCAUUCCUGAUAGAUUAAUGCAGCGCCUUUCUUGGCUUGCAUAAAGUCCUAUCUGUCGGCUGAUGAUCCCAAUCCUGUUAUUCACGAUCUGCCCCUUGUGUAGCAGAAUCUGAAAUACAAGGUUAGAUAGCUUUGCUACACUAACCAGCCUUUUUUUUUUUCCUUUUUGGGUAUUGGGAAAAUCGAUGACCCCUAACUGCAAUCCCAUGAUUUCUGGGCUGGGAGCGUUGGCAAUUGAGUUCGCUUGAACAUGUUUUAAGUUUGUGUACAGAAUGCGAAGCAGAUUUUUCUCCUGCCAUUGUUUGUGUAGUCCGAGAUUUUUUUCGUUGUUAAUGCACGUCAUGUU